CAAAAAUGGGAGCCACCGAUUCAAAACCAAUCACUAAGCUUUAUGAUCACUUCCGAUAGAUUAAUGUUUAUAACAAUGGUAUUUCGUAAAGUAGAUGAUCAUAGACUUUCCUGAGUGUCAAAUCCUAUAACAUAAGCGAGAUCCUCAUUAGAAGUUGAUUCUUCGUACUUUAAAUAUAACAGAUGAAGUUCACUUCAAGAAAGCUGUCCAAUAAUACCAAGUAAGACACAAGAUCAAUCAUUAAAAUGUUCUUAAUCUGAGCAAUUACUUUUACCAAUUUGAGUAAUAACUCUGUGGACAAUUCUAUAAAGUGUAUUUACUUUUUGAAUAUCCAACUGGUAAUUUAGAGUUAGUACCAGCCUUAAAUGAAACAUAAUUAGUUUAGUAUUUGAAACAAGCAGUUGCAGGAUUAGCAUGCAUGUAGAAAAAUGAGAUCCCACAUAAUUCAUUGUAACUCAAAUAUUUAUAUUUGAUGGAUGAAAUAAUAAAAGUUACAGAUCCAAUGUAUUUUCAACAUAGUACAAAUUUUAUGUAAGUAUUAUAAAAUCCAAAUUGUUUGGAAUGUAUUUAUCUAUCCCCAAUAUUGGUGAAAUCAAUAUAAUUAAACAAUUGGUAACCUAAACAUAAUGAAUACAAGAGUGAUCUAUUUACUUUGGGUAUGCUCUUUCUACAUUUGGCAUUAAAUUAACCAAGUUCAGAUUGUUAUUCAUAUGAAUAAGGUUUAUUAAUUGAAGAUGUUUUGAAUAGUAAAUUAUAAAAAUUGAAGAUGAGAUAUGGAUAAUAAUUUUGUGAUUGGAUAACUACAAUGUUAAUUAUUAAAGAAGAUUAAAGACCAGAUUUCUUAUAGAUGGAAUAAUAUAUUACUAAUUAAUAAUAAGUUAUAAAUAAAUAAUAAUAUAUUCCUAAUAUUAUUUAAAGAUAGAUUAUUCCAAUUAUAGAUCCUACCUAUUAAUCAAAUAACAUAUAAACACUACAAUAACAUACAAUUGUUGCUAAUAAUACAAUUCAACCAUGUUUAACAUAAGUUAAUAGUGUAUAGUAAAUUCAAUCAAGAAGAGUUUAAUAAGUUUAAAAUAUUUCACCAUUAGAAUAUGUCCAUUAAUAUACAAUUAAAACUGAUACUUCAUAAAGAAGUCUAACACCUUUAAGCAAAAUCUUAGUACCUCAAUAAUAACUUUAAGUAAGAGAUAAUAGAGAUAGUUCAGUUCCCAGAUUAAGAGGAUCAAGAUAAAGUAGUAAGGAUGUUAAUCAAACUUACACUUAUGCUGUUCCAACAAUUCCUACAGAUUUAUCUAUUCUUAGUAAUAAGAGUGGAUAAGUUAAAUAAAUAUAUUUUCCUCCAAAGCCUUUAUCAAAUAAAAUGUAAAAUACUAGAACUAUUACUUAAUAAUAAUAAUAAUAAUAAUAAUCUAGAUUGAAUUAUACAACUUAAUAAGUAUAAGAAUAUCAAUUUAGUAGUUAAAUUAGUAACAACACUUAAAAAUAAGUUACUCCAAUCUUAUCAUUGCAACCUGAUUAAUGUGAUACUUUACACUUCAAAUAACCUAGUGAAACUGUAAGUAAAUAAUCAUAAUUUGAUGAAAAUAUUGAUCCCUAACCAGAUGAAGAUGUUGAAUAAACCACUUAAAGAUAGGAAUAUUUUAAAUUUUCUAAAAUUCUCAGUGAUUCAACCAAUCUUCCUUAAUAAAUAACAACAACCUAAACUAAAGAAUUUUCUUUACCAUAUGAUAUUCCUUAAUUCAAAGCAGACAGUGUCAAUCGACCAGAAUUUGUAGUUGAACAUUAUUCAAAUGGAUCUCGUUAUGAGGGAAUGAAAGCCAAUGGGAUGAGACAUGGUUAAGGUAAAUUUUAUUAUUAAGAUGGCGGAUUAUAUGAUGGAGGAUGGAAAGAAAAUAAAAUGCAUGGAGAUGGUAAUAAAUCAAUUAAAUUCUUUUUAGGAACAUUAUAUUAUGCAACAGGACAACCUGCCUAUUAAGGUCAAUGGAGUGAAGAUUAAUUUUAAGGUCAUGGUACUCUAUAUAAUGAGCAUCCUUAACCAUUAUAAGAAUCAUUUGAUUAUAGAGAUUUUGAUAAUGUUGAAGAGUAUAAUAUAAAUAUAUAUUCAUUAGUUAUUGGAUUAAAUAUAGUGGAAAUUUUGAUUAAGAUAAUAAAGAAGGUUAAGGAACACUUUACUUAACAAAUGGUGAACGUUUUGUAGGCACUUUCUAGAAAGAUUUCAUAAAUGGCCCUGGAAUAUUCUAUUGUAUGAAUGGUAAAAUCAUGGAUGGCAGAUGGGUUAAUAAUAAACUAGUAUAUUGA